UGGUCCGUCCCGGACGACUUGCAAAACACUUUCAUACCUCCAAACCAAUUCAAUACACCUGAUAUGGUAUGCCAUCUCGGUGCCAAGCCGGCGGGUGCGGCUGCUCCCGUGAAGGGUGGCGACGUAAUCGAAGUACAGUGGACGCCGUGGCCGGCGUCGCACAAGGGGCCGGUUCUCGACUAUCUGGCGAACUGCAACGGGCCCUGCGAAACCGUCGACAAGACCAAGCUGAAGUUCUUCAAGAUUGGCGAAGCUGGGUGGAUAGACAAGGCGAGCGACCUGUGGGCGGCUAAUGUGCUGGCCAACAACAAUAACAGCUGGUUCGUCCGCAUUCCGGAGGACAUCGCCCCGGGGAAUUACGUCCUGCGCCAUGAGAUUAUCGCGCUGCACGCCGCCGGCAAUCCCAAUGGCGCUCAGAGUUAUCCAUUCUGCUUCAACCUCGCCAUCGACAGCAAGGGCACCGCGAACCCGGCCGGCAUCCCCGUCACCGAGUUCUACAAGGCCAACGACCCCGGCAUCAAGUUCGACCUAUUUUCGCAUCCGACGGCCUACGUGAUUCCUGGCGUAAGUCGGAUCCGAAACUUUUUUCCUUGCUUUUCUAUUAUUAGCAGCCCCUUGCGUCGCAUCGAAGCUAAAACGUUUUAUAGCCGCCUCUUUACAGCGGUGCGCUCCCUGUCAGCCAGACGAAGCCCGGCCCUAUUACUGCCACGGCUACUGGUGUUCAUGCGUAUACUGCGCCCGCGCAUAUCAGAGCACCAGUCGUGCCGACACCGCCACCGCUGUCCAUCAUACCAACUACACUGGCACUUUCGGCAAGAGCUGCAUCCCCAGUAGUGCCGCAAGCGACACAAGCAUUGUAAAGAUCCCCCAAGUUGAAGUGAAGUGAGCAUGUAGCAUUCCUUUCAAUGUUGGUGCGAUCGGACAAUGGAUAGCCGGCGGGGGGGCGUUUUGUCCUUAUAGGGUCAACAAGAUUAUUAUUAUGUAGGCUAUCUGGCGAUCAAAUACCAAGACCGAUUUAACUAAACUAUAAAGAAUUAUCUGCAGUACCAAU